UGUCAGCACAAUUCAUUUUUCAAGAAUUUUUUUUUUGUUUUGUUUUGUUUAAAUUGAAAAAAUAAGAAUUUUCAAAACUUUAUAAAUAAAAAUAUGGCUGAAUUACCAAAUUUAGGCCAACAUUGUUCCAUCUGUUCUAUGCUUGAUUAUUUGCCCAUCAAAUGUGUUCAUUGUAAUAACUAUUUCUGUAAAAUUCAUAGAAUUUCUCAUGGAUGUAUGACGGAUAAACAAUAUGAAUCGAAUGAAACAAUUUCAAAGGAUUCAAAAUCGAAUGAUUUUAUUAAAUGUCAUUUUUGUUCGAAUUCAGUACAGAUUACACAAUCAUCAAUUUGUAAUCAUUGUUUAAAUAGAUUUUGUCUUCAUCAUAGACAUCAAGUUGAUCAUAAAUGUUUGAAACUUGAUGAAACAUCAUUUCAAAAUGAAAAUGCUAAAUUAGAUUCAAAAAUGUCAAACAUAUUGGCCAAAAUUCGUUCGGAAUAUAAACCAGGUAUAACCGUUAAAAAUCGUGGAGCAAAAAAUAAUCCAUUAGCAUUGAAAGUAGCAUUAAUGAAAUUAAAAUCUCAAGGUAUUGGUUUUGAAUCCAUACCGAUGGAAGAACGAGAAUAUUUUUAUCUUUCAUUCAUUCCGAAUGAAAUAAGCUACAACCAGGAAUGUAAAGAAUUUCGUGAUAAACCAAUUUUUCUUUGCAAAGAAUGGUCAAUCGGUAAAUGUGUAGAUUGGUUAGCAAAGAAAUGGUCUUUGAUAAACAAAAAUAAUCAAUCGGAUAAACCAAAAUUAAUACUUACAAAUGAAGGAUUAUUAAUUAAUAAUCAAUCGAAAAAAUGUUGUGAAAAACAAAAUAAUAAUAAUUUUAUUUGUUUUUCACAUUCUAUAAAAGAUUUAUUAGCAAAUGAUGUCAUUUUUUCUACUGAUUUAUUGAUUUUAACUUAUAUGGAAAAUUAAAAACUUAAUUUUUAU